AGGGUUAUUUGCUGGAUGUUUAGCCAGAAGACGUCACUGCAGUAGAGCAUAGUACGGCAGGUUUUCUAUAAGCGUUGCUCUACCCACCGCGACACUUUAACUGAGUUGUAUUUUGACUUUCCAAGCUGCUAGAGAAGCUGUCGGGAGGACAUUAUUCAGGUAUAAACGAAAGGUCUGUCCAAGGCAGUUGUGGUGAGGCCUACGUCAAGCAAGAUGACUGCAUUAGUACUGUUAGCUACAUUCCUCUGCUGGACUACCGUUGGCUCUGACCACACCGUAGAUGUUCCUAUUGGCGCUAUAUUUGACAAAGCUCGAAGUGCUGAAGAAGAAGAAGCCUUCGGCUACGCGAUUACGCGAAUCAACGAGGACAAGAGAAUCCUACCACAAGCUCGACUGAUCCCCCGUAUGGAGGAGGUAGACAAUGGCGACGGCCUUCUUCUCGUCGAAAAAGGUUGCUCGUUGAUGGCACAGGGUGUUGCCGCCAUCUUGUCCUCAACCUCCUGCUCAUCUAACCUGAUGCUGCAGUCUGUAUGUGACGUCAUGCACGUGCCUCACAUCUUCGUGUCACGUGACACAUGUGACGUCACUCCGGACACAAAGUACACCCUGAGUAUGAACCCAGCGGCGUUUGAGAUCGACAAGGCUCUGUCUGAUAUCAUCAGGCAGCAGAGGUGGAGGACCAUGGUGGUCCUGUAUGACGAUGAACAUGCGUUUAGCAGGGCCGAGACGCUCCUCCUGCUGACCCGAGGGCGGGUUCCAGAGAUCGUGCUCCUGCGGUUGCCCUCCCUCUCUAAUGGUAGUGACACCAAAGUCACCCUGCCUAGACUCAAUGGGGAUUCUGGCACUGACGGGAGACAUCUGCUGGAACAUGCUGUCGUUCUCUGUACGGUGGAAAACACGAUCAGUGUGAUAAGUGAGGCAAACAAGAUGGGCAUAUUCACACCGGAACAUCACUGGAUAGUUUCUAAUGAGGAGGUAAGUGACUUUCAGAUCAAGGCUCUAAACAUUUCAAAAGGACGACUGACUGUGGCACGCCGGCAAAUUCCAGACACAGACUACAUGGAAAACUUCUUGAAGCACUGGAAUUCUCUACCGAGGAACGUGACGACUUCUACGGCAGCAAGUAUUUAUGACGUAAAGAUGACGGCUCUGUACAUGCAUGAUGCUGUCCUACAUCUUGCCCAGGCUGUCUACGCGUUAUUCAAGAACAGGCAGUGGAUUGGACCCAAUAAAUUAAGAUGUUCCUUGGAUGUCUCCCUUCCGUGGUCUGGUGGCACACUCUUGAUGGAUGAGUUCAAAAAGCAAUCCGGAACGGGCGGUGUACUAGGAAGUUCAAUCUUCGAACAAGUCAACUACCAUUCAACUGUCCUGUCCACUUUGAAGUCUCUACAAUCAGAGCUUGCUGAAAAAAUUACCGACAACCCUUGGGAUAUCUGGUGGGAGGAGGAAAAUCUCUCAGAGGAGACCUUCUUCGAAGACAUGAAGACCAAGUCAGGGAUAAAAGGGAGAACGUUCAGAGUUGUAACAAUACAGGAACAGCCUUUCGUAUUUAGAAAGAAUUUGUCGGAUGGCGUCACAUACAGCGGAUUUUGCAUUGACCUUUUGAAGGACCUGUCCGCCAUGUUGGAGUUCGACUACUUCUUGUACGAAGUGCAUGAUGGGAAAUAUGGAAGCCUGCGGGAUGACGGAAGCUGGGACGGAAUAACAAGAGACAUCAUGCAAGAAGACGCAGACCUAGUCUUGGGUGCUUUCGGUGUUACAACAGAUAGGGAACAAGUUUUAGACUUCACCAGGCUGUUCAUGGAGGGAUCCAUCGGUAUCCUCAUCAGAAAACAACCAAGAAAGUCCGACUGGUUAACAAUACUGAAGCCUUUUCACCUCAAGAUGUGGCUGUGCAUCAUCGGUGGAUUCGCAGUUGUCAGUAUUGUUUUGUUUCAUCUGCAACAUGCUGGAACUACUCGCAAGGAGCAGGAUGAUCAGGACGACAAUUCAGAUCCAAGUCUAUCGGACACGGUUUGGUACCUAUACAGCUCAUCUGUGAGACAAGGCGCAGGGGUAUCCCUGCAGCGCAUGUCGGCCCGUAUCCUGACUGGCGUGUGGUGGCUAUUCGCUCUAAUUGUCAUUUCAUCAUACACUGCCAACCUGGCUGCCUAUUUGACGGUCACGAGACUACAGGCCCCCAUCACGUCCAUCGAGGAACUGUUGUCACAUGGCUCCUUCUCUUUUGGGGCAGUUCGACAUAGCGCCGUGGUUGAAUUUCUAUCCACGUCAAGCGUCCCUUCACACCAGAACAUGUGGUCUAUGCUCACUGCCAGUAAUAGCAGCCUUGUAACAGACAUCCAAGAGGGGAUACGGAGGGUAAAGCAAGAUUCCUUCGCGCUGAUAGCGGAUCUGCCCAUCGUUCAAUACGCUGCGGACCGCGAUCCCACAUGCCAACUGUCUGUUAUCGACGUUACGAAGUACCGCAGUGGCUAUGGCAUUGCCUUGGGGAAUGGCUCGGCAUUCACGGAAGUAUUUUCCAUGGCCAUCUUGAGACUUCAAGACUCCGGCAGGCUAGACGAACUGAGGCAACAGUGGUGGCCUAGCGAGCGUGGAAAGUGCCCCGUAGUGACCAGCCUUCCUGAUGACGACACGUCUGGUUUCAGUACGACUCUCACUCUGGAAAACUUUGCAGUCGUGUUCUGUGUUCUGAUAUUUGGAAUAGUUCUGGCCUGUGUGGUGUCCCUAUGCGACCUUCUGUGCAGAAGAUCAUGCAGACGGACCUCCGAAAAGUCCAAAUGUCAAGAGCUUAAUGGGGAUGUCCAGAUGGGUAAAUUCGACACCACCACUGACUCGCCGCCAGAUGUGUCCGUCCACAAGCAGGACAACGGUGAGAUCCACAUCAUCGUGUCGACCACGUCACAAGAACAGUACCCACCAGCACCCCCCACCCCAUUCCCCGUCACCAGGACGUACUGUGAGUGCUGCGGUGAGGUCACGAAAAACAGAGACAGCCCAGUCAAAAGGAAGUACUGCUUUUGUUCAAGCCCUCCAGGAUUACGAGAGGGCAUAUGGACCACUGUUGGCACGAACAGUAGGACGGUCACAGACUCGGAGAAUCCGACAAACGUGGCUGACUUCACCACAAAGCUUUGAAUAGCAUGGAGAAGGAAACCGGAACUAUCGAAUGUGCUCAAGUCUUCCAGGAAGAUGAACGCUUCUAAAUGUUCUGAAUGAAUGAAACUGAGAAGUGAAAAAGAAUUAACAAAAAGAUAGUUGGACGACGCUGCCAGCAGCGACUAUCAUUGACGAAGUUGACAGCGACUGGCAAUGCGUUGCGUUUUAGUGGAUGAUGUUUUAGCACCGCAGGUCCAUUAGAAGAUGACCUGUAGCGUGAUAGUUGUUGCAAACUAUAUUGCCAAUGACCUAUCAUGUUUUCGCUUUUCACAGUGAAGCCAAGACAAGCAACAAUCCUUGUAUUUUCUGCCAUCAUAAUAUAAGAACGCUACUACCUAUGGGAAUUUGCUAUCUAAUGACUAGAACAUCCGUACCACAUGUUCGGAAAUAUCCCUCGGAUUAUAUUCUUAAAUGUCAGAAAAAUAGUAGUUGUAAGUGCCUUGACAAAUAUCAACAUAAAAAGCUACAAUCGCGCGAAGAUCGUGUAUAAUGAGCGUAUAGUAAGUCUCAAGAUAUAGAAUUAAUGCGGCUACGACUACAAAUUGUUUUGAUGAUUAUUGUGUGAAAAAUACAAAUGUGUUUAUAACAUUAUGUUUCUACUUUCUGCAUUUGAAGUUUCCAAACAGUUCUGAAUUGAUGUUAUUCAAUCAAGGCUGAUAUCGUCAAUCUGAAUGUGUGCAAAAGGGUGGUUGAUUUCUUUUAUAAGUAUAUCGCAUUUUUCACCACUGUGACACUUCUAAGUAUUCGGUAGAUAAUGCGAAAUUAUAGGGACAGUCAGAUUUAUAUCGUGGUUUCCAAAAAUAGAAUCCACGGUUGGUGAAUUUAUAGAUUCAAUGCCAUUACUGUGAUUUUUCAUCAGUUGGCAAGGCUUAAAUUCUAAAACAUAGAAUUAGCUUAUCAUGACAUAGUCAUCUCAAUGUAGGCCUGGAGUCAGUAAAAGUGGAUUUGCUUAUCUUAAAGUCACAUGAGUUUCCUUGGGACAGAUCGCUCCUGCGCGGCUUACGUAUACCUAAUCUUAACGCCUGUACUGUGCAAUGGAUAUUUGCUAUGGGAUGGCAGAACGUCGUUAGAGAUAAGAAGAAAAUCGCUUGAUCGAUGAGCCCCUGUUAACGUGUGAAUGAGUAAUGAUGAUUGUCGGUGGUUUACAGGGAGUCUUUCGUAAAGGGAAAGCAUCUGCGAGGGUUUAGCCAUCGAUC